AUGUCCGAGCCAAAGACCGCCAAGCGCGAUGCCUUGAUGGACAUUGAGAAGAAGGUCCAGAAGAUCUGGGAGGACAACAAGGCCUUUGAGGUCAAUGCGCCCACCAUUGAAGAACACGCCGAUAUCGAGACUAUCCACCAGGACCAUCCCAAGUUCCUGUCGACCACCGCCUACCCUUACCUGAACGGACGUCUCCACUUGGGACACGGCUUCACCAUUUCCAAGAUUGAGUUUGCAACGGGAUACCACCGCCUCCAGGGCAGGAGGGCUUUGUUCCCAUUGGGCUGGCACUGUACCGGUAUGCCUAUUAGAGCCUGCGCUGACAAGUUGGCUCGUGAGAUGGAGAUGUUUGGCAAGGAUUACAUUGUCCCCGAAGAAACCGAGGAGGCCACCCCCGAGAUCGCCAACUUGAACUUGAAGGAAAACGAGCGUGUCGACCCCACAAAGAUCGUCGCCAAGAAGGGCAAGGUCGCCGCCAAGAACACUGGCUUGAAGUAUCAAUUCCAGAUCAUGGAGCAGAUCGGCGUUCCUCGCCAGGAGAUUUACAAGUUUGCCGACCCUCAUCACUGGUUGACCUACUUUCCCCCCAUCGCCACCGACGACUGCAAGAAGAUUGGCUACAAGAUUGAUUUCCGUCGCUCGUUCAUCACCACCAACGCCAACCCCUUCUACGACGCCUUUAUUCGCUGGCAGUUCAACAAGCUGAAGGCUUUGGACAAGGUCAAGUUCGGCGAGCGUUACACCAUCUACUCGCCCAAGGACGGCCAGCCCUGCAUGGAUCACGAUCGUCAGAGCGGAGAGGGUGUCGGACCCCAGGACUACACCUGCAUCAAGCUCAAGGUCCUGGAGUUUUCUCCCGAGGCCCAGGUCAUCGUCGCUGCCAACAAGGAGCUCCAGGGCAAGCAGAUCUUCAUGGUCGCUGCCACUCUCCGCCCAGAGACCAUGUACGGCCAAACCAACUGCUUUGUCGGUGUCGAUAUCAAGUACGGAAUCUACAAGACCCGCAACGCCGAUGAGUUGUUCUUGAUGACCGAGCGCGCUGCCCGCAACAUGGCCUUCCAGAACUUGUCGCCCUCGAACGGAGAGGUCGUCAAGGUGGCCGAUUUUGUCGGUUCCCAGUUGAUCGGUACUCAGGUCCAGGCCCCUCUCAGCUCAUACCCCUCCGUGUACGUUUUGCCUAUGGACGGUGUCCUCGCCACCAAGGGUACCGGUGUUGUCACCUCCGUCCCUUCGGAUUCGCCCGAUGACUACGCCGCCGUCAUGGAUUUGAAGAAGAAGGCCGACUACUACAAGAUCAAGCCAGAGUGGAUUGCCUCGUACGAGCCCAUCCCCAUCAUCAACACCCCCGUUUACGGAAACCUCGCCGCACCCACUAUCUGUGCCCAAAUGAAGAUCAAUUCUCAGAAGGACAAGACCCAGUUGGCUUUGGCCAAAGAAGCCGUUUACAAGGAUGGAUUCUACAACGGAGUCAUAAUCAUUGGUGAGCACGCCGGCAAGUCCGUCCAGGAGGCUAAGCCCUUGAUCCGUCAGAUGUUGAUCGACGCUAACCAGGCUGUUCCCUACAAUGAGCCCGAGAACUUGGUUAUGUCCCGUAGUGGCGAGGAGUGCGUUGUCGCCCUGAUGGACCAGUGGUACUUGGAUUACGGUGAGACCAAGUGGCGCAAAUUGGCCGAGGAGUGCUUGGCCGGCAUGAACGUUUACACCGACGAGACCCGUCAUGCCUUCGAGAAGAACUUGGCUUGGUUGAACCAGUGGGCCUGCGCUCGCUCGUACGGCUUGGGAACUCGCCUGCCCUGGGAUCACAACUUUUUGAUCGAGUCGCUCUCAGAUUCGACCAUCUAUAUGGCCUACUACACCAUUGCCGCUUUGCUCCAGGGUGGUUCAAUCGAUGGCUCUGUUCCUGGUCCUCUGGGCAUCAAAGCCGAGCAGAUGACUGACCAGGCCUACGAGUACAUUCUUGCCGACGGACCCCUCCCCACCGACACCGAUAUCCCCAAGGCCUCGCUGGACAAGUUGCGUCGCGAGUUCGAGUACUUUUACCCCUUGGAUGUCCGUACCUCGGGCAAGGAGUUGAUUCCCAACCACUUGACUUUUGCCAUUUACAACCACGUCGCCCUUUUCCCCAAGAAGUACUGGCCCCGCAGCUUCCGCGCCAACGGACACUUGAUGAUGAACGGCGAGAAGAUGUCCAAGUCGCUCGGAAACUUUUUGGGCCUUGCUGAGGCCGCCGACAAGUACGGAGCUGAUGCCACCCGCCUGGCCUUGGCCGAUGCCGGAGACAGUGGAGAGGAUGCCAACUUUGAGGAUGGCACCGCCAACUCUGCUAUUUUGAAGCUUCAUACUUUGUUGGAAUGGAUUCAGGAGACCUUGGCCCAAAAGGACCAGAUGAGAGCCACCGGCCGUGACGAGUACAACUUUUACGACCGCGUCUUUGAGAGUCAGAUGAACAAACUGAUCAACCAGGCCGAGGCUGACUACGAGGCCACCUUCUACCGCGAGGCCGUCAAGUCUGGAUUCUACGAGUUGAUGGCUGCCCGCGACUUUUACAGAGAAGCCUGCGCGCUGAUGGACAUUCCUAUGAACAAGGAACUGUUCGUGCGUUACCUCGAGGUCCAGACGUUGGUCAUCUCCCCUAUUGUGACGCAUUGGUCCGAGUACGUCUGGGGCACUGUGUUGGGCAAGGAAGGCCUGAUUGUCAAUGCUCGCUGGCCCAAGGCUGGCCCUGUGGAUGAGAAGGUCUUGCAGGAGAUGGACUACUUGCGCCGUCAGCUCGCCAACGUCCGCGCUGCCGAGACCCAGGCCAACAAGAAGAAGAAGAAGGGCAAGACCGAUGCAUUCGACCCCAUGAAGCCCAAAAAGAUCACGAUCUUGUUGGCGGCCAAGUUCCCCGAGUGGCAGGAGGCCUCGAUCGCUGUCUUGCAGGGAGCUUACCAGCCUGAGAACAAGGACGGCAAGUUGUUUGAUGAUGACAAGGUCAAGAAGGAGUUGGCGGCCAAGGGUCUGAUGAAGGACAAGAAGGUGAUGCCCUUCCUCCACGACUUGAAGAAAAAGGUCGAGCAGCAGGGACCCUCUGUUUUUAGCCGGACGCUGUCGUUCGAUGAACCCGAGUUGUUGAAGGAGCGGUCUGAGUACUUCCGUAAGGUGCUGGGAUACCAGACGUUGACGUUGGUCAAGUCGGACGAGGUCGUUGCUGUGACGGAGGGCGAUGCCGAUCAGGACGACUAUGUCCGUGCUGCUGAGCAGUCAGUACCUGGCCAGCCUACCUUUGUUGUCAAGAACAUUACCGCCUAG